CCCCGAGCCACCGACACCGACCAGGGAGCCCAUGUGACGGCCACCGCCAUGAAAUCGGAAGAGGACGAGUACAACUUUGUGUUCAAAGUGGUUUUGAUUGGCGAGUCCGGAGUGGGCAAGACCAACCUCCUCUCCCGCUUCACCCGGAAUGAGUUCAACCACGACAGCCGCACCACCAUCGGGGUGGAGUUCUCCACGCGCACGCUGACCCUGGACGGGCACCUGGUGAAGGCGCAGAUCUGGGACACGGCCGGGCUGGAGCGCUACAGAGCCAUCACCUCCGCGUACUACAGGGGCGCGGUCGGCGCGCUUUUGGUGUACGACAUCACCAAGCACCAGUCCUACGACAGCAUAGAGCGCUGGCUGAAGGAGCUGUACGACCACGCGGACGCCAGCAUCAUCGUCAUGGUGGUGGGCAACAAGAGCGACCUGACGGACGAAGCCCGAGAAGUGCCCUCCGAGGAGGCCAAGAUGUAUGCAGAUAGCAACGGGCUGCUGUUCCUAGAGACGUCAGCGCUGGACUCAACCAACGUGGAGCUGGCCUUCGAGACCAUCCUCCGAGACAUCCACAGGAGGAUUCUGAAGAGCAAAGGUGAAACCCCCAAAACCAACACGGUCAUCUUAUCCAAUGAGCCCACCGGAGCUCAAUCUGAAGGCCAAUCACUGGAAGCAAAAAAAUCCUGCUGCCGAAACAUCUGAGUCCGGAAUUCGGAUCCCAUGGAGAUGUAAUU